AUGGAAGAAUACUCGAACGAGAAGAGGCCAGGCGAUGGCGUAUUUUUCCUUAAAAUACGGGAAUACCAGGGUAUGUUCGGAGAGUACAAUGAAUAUCUCAAACAGAAAUGGUGGGCACGUCUUGGUGCGAUUACAGACUCGGCCCACAGAAAGAACCAGCUCAAGAGGCUCUUUGAACAUGAUGAGUUUGCACCGGCAUUUGACGCCUUCCGCCAUUUGCCAGCCCUAUACUGUGGGUUGCGGCUAAGCGUCAUCAAUAAAAUGAUAGCCAUGAGAUGUCACGAUGAAUUGCUGUCAUACCUGCGCUUCAUCAAGGAUUUUUGGUAUGGUGUCUUUGACAAAGAUGAAGCUGCGAUGGAGAAACUCGAUGAAGACACCGUUCGCGAGAUUCAGUUCACCGCACCCGGCGCAUGCGAACGGCAGGCCCGUCAUCUGUAUGCGAAAGUCAACAGUGGCCAGAUAUUCAGCGCAUUCAGCGACACCGAGAGAAACAGAAUUUGGUUGCGACUUUGUUCAGCCACCGAAGUCUGCUUGGUGCCUUCGCUGCUCGCCUUCUUCGAGAACCUCAAGUACCUGCAGCCUGCAGCGGUCUGCAUGCGACGACUCGUCCACCUAGAGAAGGGAGAAUCCAUACGAUGUGCCUUGGAGAAGGCAUUCUCUCCGGGUAAUGGCAACGAGUGCGUCAUGCAGACCUCUUCGACAUCCUUCACGACCAUUCCGAUCAGUGCCGCAGAUUGCUUUGACAUCGCGUACCGACAGUUGUGGCUCUAUGCCCUGCGCGAGCAGCGGGACAUGCCAAUCAAAAGCAAAGAAAAACUGGCGACGGCGAAGAUACGACAGGCCGAUGAGGUCGUGGUAUCUCGAUUCGCGCGUCUGGCGCAGAAGCUCGGUUUCAAAUCAGAAGAGAUCAAGGCCUUAGUGCAAAUGAACCCGGACCAAGAGAUUGCGCGUCGACUGCUGACAACAGCCAGAAAACCGGAGGAAUUCGAAUUCGACGAUAUCAACGCCAGUAUCGAUACUGUCGCGGAUGUGCUGGCCACGGCGCGGCCAAUCUCCGCGCAGCUAUUGACGGAGGAUGAUGAAAUCGAUUCUGUCGAGAAACCACCAGCCCUGUGCGGCCAACCCCAUGCAGCGGACCAUGCUCGGGAUAAAAGGGAUAUGUUCCUAGACAAGCUUCACGGGCCAAUGCCGAGACCUCGUUUGCGUUUGACAUCCAUCUUUAUUCAGCGAUCAGCAUACUUUGCCUUCUUCGGCCAAGACCUCGGCAUUUCCGCGGCCGGUCUGGAAUCAACGGAAGACACGCACAUGCUUGACCAUAGCAGUAGACACGAGCAACGCUUGCCCAUGAUGUCAAGAGCACAAAUGCCUCAGCAAGUACUGGAGGCCGCAGAGCGGCGAACAAGCAUACCAAGGAGGCUGGAGGAGCAAGAAGCGAGGCUGGGACGGGUGGUGGCCACCGAAGAGCAGCUUUCUGCAAAUAUUGAACAGCUGAGAAACGACAUGGCGCUCCAAGAAAUGAGACUUCUUACACUGAGGGGUGAAGAGCAGGAGGCGCUUCAAAGGCUCAACAGACUACAGCAAACAGAAGCCGAGCAUACGCUUCGUUUAGAGAGUCUUCAGGCCGACGAGCAAAACCGACAAAACGAAAUUGUUGCGCAGGAACAGAGACGAGCCAAUCUUGGCGACCAGAUUCGGCUCGAUCUCUUGGGUCCUGGCGAGAAAGAGCACCUGGCCACUGUUGAGAGAGACGAGGAAUUACGUGAUCACGCAUCCGCGCGACCGGAGCGGGUAUCGCUGGUGGAAGACUUGACGGUGGAAGAAAGAAAACUGCAGGUCGCGGUGGAGCAACUAACGCUGCAGAUUGCCCAACUCGACGAGGAGAAGGCGAGCAAGGAGGCGUCUAUAGCAGAAGUGGAGGGCCAGCACAAGUUAACGGUUAACCAGCUCGUGGCUGAAGAAGCAGAAUUACGAAACCAGAUCGACCAGCUGAAGAGAGAUCUAGCGGGUCUUCAAGCUAGACUCGAUGCAGGCGCUGGACGGCCGACAGAGCUACAGCAGGAGCAAGCAUUGGAAGAGGGGCAACAGAAGCGCCUGAAGGCCUAG